AUGGAUUUGAGAGUAGUGAACUUAGCGAUAGACUGCAAACCGAAGGAAACAGAAAUGUCGUUUGGGAACGAAAGGGAAUCCACAGUGUUGGAUUCAAAUAGGACAGUAUGCGGAUCAACAUAUGGGAUGAGAGCUUCUACCUCAUUCCCAGAAUAUAUCUCUUAUGCCAUAUCACUUGUUGAAAUUGAAAAGGGAUUGAAGAGCAUUAUCAAGAUGGACGAUUUCACCAAGAACCCUAUUCUCUAUUUCCUCGCUCAUGGCCUAAUCAAGAAUAUGUCAAAGCUUCCCAUGGAUCGGACAAGAAAUGAUCAGCCCACCUCGCAUCAACGAUUGGGUAUUCGUAAGAAAUGGGAACCAUCCUACUCGGCAAAUUUCUUCGCUUUAUUCGAUCGGAAAACGGGAGAAGCAGUCGCAUUUUCGCAGACGAACAACAAUACAGAAAAUUCGUGGAGAUCAUCAGCUUGGGGCUAUCGGCCAAUUAUAGUCGUGAACAACUCCACGCGCUGUUUAAUCUAUGCUGGUUCUGGAGGUAAUAUGUACGAGUCGAUGGAAAUUUCACGAAUGGCACAUACUAUUUUGGCUUACUUGUAUUCUGAUGCUCCAAUAACGACUAUUCUCACAACUCCCAUGUUCUUCCCAUUCAAAGAUGGUCACUAUUACACUGAUGGCUUCGUACUGGUAAGUCCAGUAGACUUGAAUGCUAUAGCAGCUAAAACCUUAGAAUUUAUUAUACCAUGGCUUCGAUUAGAAGGAGGAGUAAUCCGAAAAAGUGAUAGUUUAUGUUAG